AUGAAGAAAAAAUCGCUUGAAAUUGGAGUCAAUUUGGGUAGGUCCGUAGCAUCCGAAUUGGUCAUGUUUCGCGGUGUGAGCCCCCAAAAAACGAACGAGACCUCACAAAUCAAUUCGUCUACUGUAUUUAUAGUUGCCAAUGAUGCCGAAGAAUUCGACGUGGAGCGCCGAAUUCUCUGGCAAGACGUGCUACCCGAACUUCAGAAUGUCGCGUUUCAAGCGGGAUUCGAUUUGGAAUGGGUCGACGUGCCGCUGGAGACCGGCGCGUUGACGCACUCGACCGUCGAGCGUCUCAUUCAGAAGCUCGAAGAAAACGCGAACAAUUUGAUAAUAUGCCUCCUCGGUAAUCGCUACGGCGAAGUGUCGGCGCCGGUCACUCUCCGAAAAGAGGAGUUCGAUUCAAUUCGCGCGUCGCUAUUCGAGCUGAACGUCGAUGUUCGAAUUCUCGAUCAAUGCUAUACAAUAGAUCGGACCCGUGUCGUAGACGAAUAUUGCAUUUCGACGGCAGCGAUUCAAGACGCCAAAACUCGGUCGAAGCUGACGAAGGCGAUUCAGAAAGGCGCACAGGCGGCGCAUGACGAGGGCAAUAUCAAUCAAGUGCACGUCGAACGCCAAAAUCGAUUUUUCAUUUCGCCAAUCGACUCGUUGGUCCGCUACAUUCUUCAAACAUCGCCGCAGCGUUGCAUCUUCCUUUUGCGCAAAUUUGAAAACGUCCAAUUCGACGAGAAGCUCAACGCGUCGUUUGUUGAAAAAACGGAAAUCAAUACGAGGAAUAUUGAAAAUUUGAAGAACAACGUGUCGCUGAAAAUGACCGACAAGGUGAUGACGCACGUGUUGCGUCCGGAAACCAGCGACAUCAAUUAUUUUUUCAACUCGAGAAACAGCGACAAAUAUCGCGAGAAGAUCUCGCGACAAUUCGCCAAUCGCAUCAAAACGCUUCUCGGCGAGACGCACAAAAAUAUUCGACCGGCGCCGCCGCGCGACAUCAUCGAAAUGGCGCGGAAUGAUGAUCGAAUACAUUCAGACAACGUAAGAAAGCAGCUGCAAAUCGGCAAUUUGCCUCGAAAUUGUGUCGAGAAGAAGCUCGACGAGACGGCUCGCCUCAAACAUUCGUCGGGCGUCUUUCUCAUAGAGGGUCCCGACGUUUGCGGCAAAACGCAAACCCUCUGCCGAUUGUACGACAAAAUUUCCGAGAAGGACGCCUACAAAAUCAUUAGAUUCAUUAAUUUGACAUAUUCGUCGAAUUUUGCGCACGAGGUAUGGCGAAACAUUUGCUUGACGCUUUGCUCGAUGGCCAAUUUGGAUGCGUCGAACGUCUUAGAGGAGUUCAAACUGCAAAAAAUUCUCGACUGCUUGGUCGAGGCGAUUCGAAAAGUCGACAAGCCCGUGUGCAUUUUCAUCGACGACAUUCACUUUUUGAAGUUUGGCCAUUUUUUGAGUGUGCUGAGCAAAAAAGUCGAAGCGGCACCUGAGAAGCUCUCACUGUUCAUCACAUCGUCAAACGUCUCGCCGGUCUCAUCGGUGUUCACCAUCACGCAAACGAUGAACAUCGAGCCGAUCGAUGAGGACGAGCUCGUUCAAAUGCUCAAAAAAUAUGUGGAGUCGAAUAAGCGAAAAUUGAGCGGCGAGCAACUAGGCGGCAUCAAAAACGAGAUUGUCGAAUCGAAAGAGAGCAUUCUGAGCGCGAAAAUGUACGCGCACGAAAUCCUAUUGAACGGCUCGAGUCCGAUGAAAGGAGGCGUCGAUGGUCGACUCGAACGCAUUGAGAACGAGCUCGGCGCCGCCGCGGUCACGUGCGUUUGCAAAUUUCUCAGCGUCACCUAUCAUGGAUUGACGAGGCUCGAGCUCCACGACGUCAUCACAUCGCAUAAGGAGAUGUUUGGCGAUUUGAACGCGCAGCCGACGUUUUCAAUAAUUCUCCUCGACAAAAUUUUGGAAGCGUUAGGCCCGUUGCUGCGAAAAACUGUCAUCGAUGCACGCGAGACAAUCUCGAUUGCCCAUCUAACGUUGUGCUCGAUCGUCCGCCAUCGCUAUCUGACGACGACGGCCGAUCUCAAAUCGAUUCACAUCGCACUUUCCGAUUUGUUCACCGAGCUUUAUAUCGAUAUUGAGAAUUUGUCACCGCGACAUUUGAUUAGUUAUCAGAGUUUCCCGCAAAGUCUAAAACGGGAAAAUGGUUCGGCGAACAUUCGAAAACUUAGAUUAUUAUGGUACCAUUUAUUACAUACGGGAAAUAUGGAUUUAUUAAAGGAGCUGGCGCUUUGCCAAUUCGACUACAUCGAUUUGACGGCGCGAUAUUUUGGCGUAACUCAUUUGCUAUCGUUGUAUGAGGAGUGCGCCAUGCAAGUGUUGCACCAUGACUUGCAAGUUCUGUGCGAGCAAGUCCUACUACCGUCGCUGAUCACAAUUGUGAGGGACAAUGAGCAGCUCGCCGCCGAGGUCAUCGGACGAUUGCGAUUCACGAGGGCCGACAACAGCCAUUUUUUGAACACGAUGGUUGAGCAAGCGAUGGGCUGGGUCGACACCUAUAAUCGACAGCCGCUGCUCGUCCCGUUGACGUGCUGGAUAUCGCCGCCGACGAUGAAGACGUGCCGAAGUUUCAUGCUCAAGGAUUGGAAACCGGGACAAACGGUGCUCUCGCCGACGCAAAAUCAUCAACACGUGCUCAUUUCCGGCAAUCAAUCGGCUCCCGGUGCAAUUUAUAUGUACCAUGUGGCUUCGCAAAUUCUCAUCGCCACAUUUAAAGGACACUCGGCUGGCAUCACGUGCUUAUGCACCAGCAAUAAUGGUCAAUUUUUCGUGAGCACCUCCAUCGACAAAACCGUCAAAUUGUGGAGUUUUCUUACAGGCGAAUGUGUGCAAACGUUGAAGCAUCACACGCAAAAAGUGACGUGCGCGAUUCUGACGAGCGACGACGAGUUUCUGAUCACCGCGUCGGCGGACUCAUCGGCAAAGAUGGUGAAUGUCGAAACCGGCGAAGUGGUCCGCUCGUUCAAUGAUCACACCGGCUCGGUCGUCUCGCUUCAACUCACUUCCAACAAUUUGUUCUUGAUCACCGGCUCCGGCGAUUUCGUCGUUCAGAUGUGGGACGUCUCGAACGGCAAUUGCAUUUCGCGAAUGGGCGGUCUGAUGGCGCCCGUCAGCACGCUGGCGAUCACCUCGAACGACGCGUUCGUGGUGGUCGCGUGCGAAGACGAGACGCUGAAAGUGUUCAGCACGGUGUCGGGACAGGAGCUCCACGAGCUGAUGGGCCAUGAGGGCAAAGUGAACUCGUUGGUGUGCUCGCACGAUGAUUGCCAACUAUUCGCGGCGACCAAAUCGAAAAUCUUUUGCUAUGAUAUUCACAACGGCCAAAUGAUCGACAUUCUCGAUUUGCAGCAGCCAUUUCCGAUAUGCAGUCUGAGAAUCUCGUCCGACAAUUAUUUUUUGGUGUCGGGUUGCGGUCCGAAAGUCACGAUAUGGAAUGUGCAAAAACGCAACCAUGACGCGCAUGACGUGUCCGUCGACAAAGAGGGAUUCCUCACCGCUGUGGCGAUGUCGUAUGAUGAGAAGGUGGCCGCGUGCGGCACCUACAACGGAAUUGUGGCUCUGUGGGAUUUGGACAUUUGCCAGUGCAUCUCAACAAUCGUGCAGGCGAAAGGCAUUCCGGUGUCGUGCGUGUGUUUCACCGUCGACAACUCGUUUCUCGUGUCGGGCAACUCGAGCGGCAACAUUCUGGUGCUCGAUUCGAGCAACGGCAACAUUCUACGCGACGUGAACAUGCACAGCAGCGAGAUCGUGUCGAUAUUGUCGUUGUACAGCGGUAAGAUCAUCUCGUGCGAUCGCGACGAUCGCAUCGUCCAAUGGGAUUGUUUCGGCGAGGACGACACACCGGAAAUGGUCGCCACCGGUGUGAAGCCGCCGAUAUUUGUGCCGCCGUCGGGUCGAAUCAUCAUCGGCCACUGUCCGAUCAAUCCGAAAGAAAUGAAAGUCUGGUCGAUACCCGAUGAGGGCGCGCCGGUGCAGAAAAACAAAUUGUCGCACAACGAGGAGAUCACGUGUUUCGCGACGGCGCUGAAAGGCGGCUCGCUGGUGGCGACCGGCUCGAUUGAUAUGUCGCUGAAAAUCUGGCAAAUCGAUUCCGGAUUUCUGACGCAGAUUUUGGUGGGUCAUGAAGACAUUGUGACAUGCUGUUGUAUUUCCGACGACGAGCGAAUUGUCAUCUCCGGAGCGCGCGAUCGAAAAAUGAUUGUGUGGAACGUGCAGACCGGCGAGAACGUCUGCUCGAUAAUUGCGUCGGCUCCAUUGACGGCUGUGGCACUCACCGGCGACGGAUCGGUUGCGUUCUCGACGACCGAAGAGGGCUGGAUUGAAGCGUGGUCGACUGAUAAAGGGACCCGAUUGUCGACGUUCAACGCGCAUCGCCCGAUUCGAAAUCUCAUCUCGUCAUUCGAAGCCAAUCGCCUUCUCGUCCAUCUCACUGGUUGCGCACAAUUGCCGAUUCUUUGCCUUCACAACACGCCGGCGACGCCGCAAGAAGCGACGCGACGGCGAAGCGCUCGAGCGCAAUCCGUUUCGAGUAUCACCAACGAGCCCGCGUCAAGCUCGUCGUCGCAAAACGACAUCAAAAAAGAGCAAUCGGCGGUCGGCCAUCAAACCGGCGGCAACGGAGCUCAAUUGAACUCGACGCGUCAGACGUAUGCGCCGAGGCCGACGUUCGACAAAUUGGAGCGAAGCAAAAGUCGAACGUCGCUUAUCGAGAAAGACCGGCCGACGACGUUGACGAAUGUCGUUGCGCCGGUGCAAAAGUCCAAUAUGUGUAUUAUACUAUAA